CCAGCAUCCAGGAUGUCCACACAGAGCACGUACCCGCUGGAGCCCGAGGCCUCGCAGCUGCAGCCGGAGACCCCAAAGGCCCCAGGCCGCCAGCGGCGUCAUACGCUUCCCGCCAACGAGUUCCGCUGCCUCACCCCGGAGGAUGCUGCCAGCGUGUUUGAGAUUGAGCGUGAAGCCUUCAUCUCUGUCCUGGGCAUCUGCCCCUUGUAUCUGGAGGAGAUCAAGCACUUCCUGACCCUGUGUCCAGAGCUGUCCAUGGGCUGGUUCCAGGAGGGCCGCCUUGUGGCUUUCAUCAUCGGCUCGCUUUGGGACCAGGAGAGACUCACUCAGGAGUCGAUGACGCUGCACCGGCCCGGGGGCCACACCGCCCACCUACGCGCCCUGGCCGUGCACCACACUUUCCGGGGACAAGGCAAGGGCUCCAUCCUGAUGUGGCGGUUCCUGCACCACCUGGGGAGGCAGCCAGCAGUGCGCCGGGCCGUGCUCAUGUGUGAGGAUGCGCUGGUGCCCUUCUACCAGACAUUCGGCUUCCGCCUCGUGGGCCCAUGCGCCAUCACCCUGGGCUCGCUCACCUUCAAGGAGCUGCAGCGCUCCAUGUGGGACCAUGCCUCCCGGCGUAGGAACAGCGGCUCCUGAAGUCACUGCUCCCUGCACCCCC